GUAGAUAACGACGGCGGCACACGGCAACGCGUGCAUGUCCGUGAAAGCGAAAAUCGUGCGCCGGUAUGCCGGCGAAGCGUCGGGACGUCGGCGACUACCGCAACUACCCCUGGAUCCAGCGCGAGGCACGAGGGUCGGCAGUCGCGUGUACCCGUAGUCGCGAGGGGAUGGCCGGCCGCGUUCAAGCAUCGUACGUAAGAAUGUAAUCGGCUCGGCGAGAACUGUUCCACCGUUUCUCGCACGUACGUCUCUCGUGGAUCAUCGUCUCGCCCGCACCGUGGUGGCACGCGAGAAAUCGUAAUAAUCACAGUCGCGAACACGUCGUCUUUCUCUCUCUCUCUCUCUCUUGCUCUUUCUCUCUUUCUCUUGCUUCUUCCGAUUCGCGCCAAGAGAAGUACGUCUCUCUUACCCUUAAACUACGGAAAAGAGUGCCGUCGGGGACGAGAUGGUACCACCGUAAACUGCCGGUGGGAUCGAUCCCACGUUUACGCGCAUCCCAGGCCGCAUUUGCAGUACGAUCGUGCUGUCAGCCUCGGUCGUUAUUGACCGUAAGACGAGGUAUUGAUCGGCUUGUUCCUUUGCGCGACGCGUAACAUGGUAUCGAAUUGGCGCUCGGCAGCAAAUUCGGCAUUCUGGAAUCGAUAGUCUACGCCUGUCUGUCUCUCGAUUUCGCCACCGUCUCCUGCGAGCCGAUAUAAAAUUUAUACUUGAUCGCUACGUGACUUGGUGACGAAUCCGUCUAUCUCUUCGCUGCUUGCUCGAUUGAAUAGUAUUACUGCACAGCUUGCACCGAGCUUAUGUCGAGAUCUAAUGGCGGCAGAUCGGUUCGAGGGAACGAAAGCGAGUCCUUUGAUGCCGAUAAUGCGCCCGGCUUGACGAUAUGAGUCACGGUGUCGUCGUUUUAGCGAUAUUGCACUUUCUUCACUUGGCACUUUGCAUGUUUAAUUCCACGAGCGUGUCGUCGGCGUCGUCGCCCGUUUGCACGUGCAAGUGAGAAGAAAGGAGCAAUUGCAACGUUUAAGUAAAGUUUCUGAUUUUCAAUUCUAAUUUUGUCAAAUUCACGCGCGCGAGAAGAACGGUUUUGUUCAAGUAUCUUAUCGUGUAGUUAGAUACAGAUCUGAAAAUCAUUUUUUGUACAGGACCAUCAAAAUAAUUAUGACACGUGUGACGAGCAAUCUGAAAGUGAGUGUUUUACCUUUUUUUUUUAUUUUAAUAGUUUAAGAAAUAUUUAUUUUUAAGUCUGUAUUGAUCAGCUAAAUUUUCAGGUACUUUACUAAAUUUUUUUUGUGCGGUUAUCAUCUUUUUUUUCAUUGCUGUUAGAGAGUAAAUAGCGUCACACCAUAUCGUGUUGUACGACGGAAAUGCUUCUCACUAAUAGAAGGCCGAUAAGAGCAAAGUGCGAUAAGCUGAAAAGCUGCAAAAUUGCUUCGUGAUAUGCGAUCCGGUACAGUUUGAGUCGGUACGGUAUGUAGGAUAAUGUGUCGCGUUGUCGCGCGGUUGUCCUGGCAUCGGCACUCCCAUUACGCCGUUGACUACGUACAACGGCGUCGUAUCUCCCGAGGGAAGAGCGAUAUCCUGUUAAAUCGAUAACGAAUGAUGACAGAACCACGUGCUACGGCAUGCGACUUGUACCAAGUCGCUCCUGGCCCUAUUUUGGCAUUCGAUAUUCGAGGAGCUGCUGGCAUGUCUGAGGAGUACGCGUCGUCACGUCGCGUCGGCAUAUCAUCGCUAUACUCGUCGUGAUCGUGCACAGCCGUGCGAUCUUUUGUUUCUCUUCUUCCCUGCUGCCGCCGCCACCGCCACCGCCACCCGUCGGGCUGUCGGGGAUACGAUACGUAAAUGGCGCAGGAAGUUCCUGAUACAACGUACGAGCCGGAAGUCGAAGAAGACGCGAGGCGAAAGCGCGAGCACCGAGUCGUUCAGGAGGGCACGGCGUUAUGGAAGCGACGGAAGGAGGAGCUGCAACGUCAAAAGCACCGCGAGCAACGUGAACUGCAGGAAAUUCUCGCCAAUUACUCGCCGUGGGGUAAGCCAGGUGGCGGCGCGCCCUGCGCGGCUACCCUGAGGAAGAGAAACGUGCCACUGGAGCCGCUCGAGCCGUCGAGAUGUCACAGUUUCGGUCAGGGUUGGACGAGCAACUCGACGAUCGACAGACUAUACAAGAGGAACACGGACCCUCCGGCUGUUGUGGACGUGAAUAAAUUCUACGAUGACAGGGCGACGCCAGGUAUCGCUUCGGAAACACAACCGGUGCAGGACUCGAGGAAUCUCUACAAAGAGGAGGUUCAGGUGUACGAGCUUACGGGUGGUGUCGAAUUGGUACCUUUGUUAACCAGCAGACGCCAUCAGUCGUAUCCGCAGUCCAGGCGCUAUCUCGCCACGGAUGCCACUCGUCCGGGAUACACGAUAGAAUCGCUCCGCGCGCUCGACGUCGGCAAUCGAGAAUACAUCGCGGAUCUCGCUGAACAAAUACGACAUAAGCGAAACAGGGCGCUGGAGGAACGGCGGAUCGAACAGGAAAGUUGUCGCAGGCACUUCGAUACUUGGAAAAGGUUAUGGGGUAGACCGGGCCACGGUGCCCCCAUAGAUCACGCGCAGCGGAACAAUCUCUACAACAUCCUCCAUCGACCGACUAUCUAUUGAAUUUUCUCGUAAAGCGUUUCGCCUUCGAGCGAGCGUAAAAGCGGAGGUGACUCCGUUUCUCUGCAAAAUGCCGCCUUUUAUUAUACGAAACGAAUAAGGAGUGGAGGCUAUUAGAUACCGGGCGACGCAACGCGAGAUAGGGAGUAUCGUUUCCACCAGAGGAUGGUGUAGCCGGGCAUAAUACAUAAAUAGCUCCCGGUCCCUCUUCGGAGGAUGAUCGUGCGCGAGAUGCGCAUAAUAUCACUCCUCAUUGAAUGUAGAUUAAAAUUCUUUACACGAACAGUUUAUUUUUCAAGUCACGUAAAUCAAAUUCUGUAACGUACGGAAUUAACUAAAAUCUCGUUGUUCGAUUUGUCGAUUCUGAUUUUAACGAACAUUAUUUACGUCAUCUUUAAAAUAAGCUGUUCACUUAUAGCAAUGCGUUUUAGAAAUAUAUUAGAAGGAAAGAGGAUAGUGAUUGUAAUUUUUAUUAAAUUGAAAGUAUUUUUCAAUGCUAAUAUUUACUAUGUAAUUACGCUACGUAAUUAAAAUCAAAUGUUGCGAGGAAAAAAGGUAGUAAAAGAUUGUACGUACGAGAGGUGGUACAGUAUUAGGAAAAAAAAAUAUGUUAGCGUCGGCGUCUUUUGUUUCUUAUGAACGGACUUGACGUGAAAAAGCGAAGAGUAUAUCGGACAACCUAUUAAAUUUCAUGAAAGCCUUGCAAGAGAGUGAAGGGCAGCUUGAUAAACCAGGACUAUGAGUGCCGCCGCGAUUGACCAGACCUCAAAGGAGCAAUCUCGUGAGAAUCUAGUUGCUGUAUACGGGUCGAUAGGGUUUUAAAUUUCAUGAACACCAAGGAACGGUCAUUUGAAUAUAUGUAUGUAUAGGUGCAUGUGAUAACGCGCGGCACCCGUGAAAGAAAAUCUUUCUCAUCAUCAGUCAUCGUGUCGUUGAAAUCUGGCUACAUUGUUACUUCGCUUUUCUUAUCUUUACUUAAAGGAAAUUCGUGUAAUUUGAAUCCCUUGAUAUUGAAUCCUUGUAAAAAGGCAGCUUGGUUUCGAAAAAUUUUAGAGCUAAGUAAAAUAAACCACAAUGUCUGUUUAAGACACGUACGUUAGCUGUAUAUUGAAAAUUUAGAUGCGAAAAUUUAGCGGCUAAUAAAGGCUUUUACUUUUUUCUCAGUCGGUCUAUAAUUUAAGCUGAUAUUAAAGUACAUUAUUAUAAAACGAAAUUAAUUAUUAUUAAUUAAUUAUACAUAUAUAUAUAUAAUUAAUUGAAAGUAUUUAAGAAAGGAGUUUCUGCACGAAGUGAAGCGGACGGGGGUGUAAUAUUCUUUUGGCUUUGAUUCCGAAUCUACGGAAUAUCAGAGAUAAUUCUAUUCUGAUCCUUGAGAACUUUUAACUUUUUAAUAUUCUUUGUAAUUAGUUGUAGUAAUUAAUUAAUGCUCAUGGCGUGUUUUUAAGGCAAUAUAAUUACGGAUAAGCAAGCUGUAGUGUUUGCGGUGAGAUGCAUUUUUAAUGACGGCGCCUAGACGAUGUAAAAACGCGCAUAAAAUGGCUUCAGCAAUCGUUUGCGCAUUGAAUCUGUCUGAGAGAGAAAUUCGUAUUUUAUCGUUUUAAAUAUAAUAUUAAAAAAUUAAUAUUAAUAUAUGUUGCGUAUUAAAUAAUUAAUGAUGUUUAUUAAUUUAUCGUUUGACUGUUAUUUAAUUUUUUUACCGCUAUUAAGCGAGUCAAUUAUUGCGAAAGUAAAUUAUUAUAUAUUUUUACACUGUUAAAAAAUUCAACGUGCUGCAGAUAUAAAGUAAUGCAAAGUAUUGAUUUUAAUAAGCUCUCCUUGAGACUCGCUUAUAUAUUUACACGGCUUCAAAAUAAGCGAUUUAAAUAGCAUAAGUAAGAAAAUUGAGAAUAUCUCGAAGAAA